AUGCCAGGAACAAUCAGCGAAGGCGGCUGGAGGCGCUUGAACGUGGCUGUCAUCGGCGGCGGCAUAGGAGGUCUGUCCGUUGCUAUUGCUCUACGUCGGGCAGGCCACGACGUCACCGUCUACGAGCGCAACGACUUCGCAGGAGAGGCUGGCGCAUCAGUUUCAUGUGCAGCAAACGGUACUCGCUGGUUGCAUGAGUGGGAUGUUGACGUCCAGAAGGGUGACCCAGUCGUAUUGAAGAAGCUUAUCAACCGCGACUGGAAGACUGGCGAGCCUUUUAGUGUUUACGAUCUGAACGACUAUGAAGAGCGAUGGGGCUAUGUAUACAACAUGUUUCACAGGCAGUACAUGCACACGAUGCUGAUGGAGUGUGCAUUACAAGAUGAAGGCGCUGGAACCCCAGCAAAGUUGCUUGUAAAUCACUCAUGCCAAAAUAUUGAUCUUGAGUGUGGCGAAAUCAUAUUCACCAACGGAGUAAAGGCUACCCAUGACUUGAUCGUUGGAGCCGAUGGUAUUGGGUCAGUAACGCGCAAGAUCAUCGGCUUGAACCCAGAGAAGAGGCCUGCAGAAUCUAGCUGUCUGCAUGCCAACGUAUUGUCGAAGGACGCAAGAAAGCUUGGCCUUGUUGAUUACUCUCUCAACAGCGCGUUAGAGUACUGGGGCGGUCAGGAAGGCAAGUGGGACAAGAUUGUCCUUUCACCUUGUAACGGCGGCGAGCUUCUCUCUUACUACUGUUUCUUCCCUCGGUCAGAGGGAGACUACAGCAAUCACACCUGGGGUGGUGCCAAUCGCCCUGUAGAGGAACUGCUUGCGCCAUAUCCAGAACUCGAUGCUCAGGUCAAGGCUCAUCUUGCUAUUGGUAUUGAGGUUCAGCCGUGGCGCCUGUGGGUCCAUCAGCCGUACCCGUACCUUGUCAAGGGCAAUGUUUGUUUGAUCGGCGAUGCCGGUCAUCCUAUGAUGCCCCAUCAAAGUCAAGGUGCCUGCAUGGCCAUAGAAGACGCAGCUGCUAUCGGUAUUCUUUUUAACAAGGACUACUUCAAGGGAGAUGUGAAAGAGUCUCUUGCUGUCUACGAGCAGAUCCGUCUGCCUCGCGCCACAAAGGUUCAGUCUUCCGCAGCCAAAGCCGCGUAUAAUAUCAACGAGCGAAUCGGCUUUUCGAGUAACACCAACAUUGAAGGGUACAAAGUAGAGGACGAAGCGAACAAGCUCACCAUUGAGGAGAUGAACGCAUAUGACAUGUACAAGGAUAUUGACCAGGCUUUUGCCGAGAGACGAGGAGUUCCGUACACUGACAAGUACAUCAAGGGCUUACCUAUUGGUCUCAAGCUCACGAAUGGUGUCACAGUCGGCGAGAAGCAAUCUAGGUUGUAA